CUUUAUUGUCCCACAAAACCAAGCUAGUCAUAACCUUUUAUUUUCAUAGUGAAAACUAGCAAAUUAAAAAAUGAACAAGAAGGAAGCUCAACCUCUGAUGUAGAGAUCCCGAUCGGCGAUGAGGAUACAGGUUAGCCAACUCCUUUAAUUACCUCCCAAAGCGUAUUAUUAUAACCGAUAAAAAUCACUUGGAAUUUAGUUAAUAUCAGUAUAUAUCUUCUCCAGGGUCACAGUCAACAAUUCCUAGCAAUGAAAUGCAAGGCAUAUUUCUGACUAGCUAUGACAAAUUCGUCAAGGUGCUAACCAGUCUUGGUGUAGGAUUAAAGAGGAUAAAAAAAAUUGCACCGGAGCUACAGAAACUGAAAGAGAAGCAUGAAUGGUCAGUUCAAAUCAUGGAUGAACUCUUCGAACGUUCUGAAUUUAUAUACAAACACAGAGAUGCUGGAAUCAAAAGGGGAAAACUAUCAUCGGAGGAAGAAGACGAACACGAUGAUAUGGAGGAAACAUUCAUGUCAGUGAAAGGAGAUAAGAAGCUACCCGAAAAGGAAGAAACUGAUGGCAUAGCAUUAAUGGCGGUGAAAAAUGGGGUGGUGGAGAUAGUUGAGAAAUUUCUGAAGGAAUUUCCUGCGACCAUCCAUGAUAGGGACAAACAUAUGAAAACUAUGCUGAUAUUGGCAGCUGCGAACAGGCAUCCCCCAAUAUACAAGUCAUUGACAAAGGAAGAUGUUCACUCUAAAACCGCCUUUCUGAGAGCGGAUUCACAUGAGAACAAUGUAUUACAUGCUGCAGCAAAGUAUAAUGAAAAUAGACCUUGGCCCAUUCCUGGGGUUGCUCUGCAAAUGCAGUGGGAAAUCAAAUGGUUUGAGUUUGUUAAAGCUUCUAUACCACGUGGCAUCACUUUUCGCCCCAACCAAGAUGAAAAGACACCAGAAGAAGUUUUCUCAAUAAGCCACAAGGAUCUCCUCAAAGACGGAAGAGAUUGGCUGAUCAAAACCUCUGAAUCUUGCUCUGUGGUGGCUGCAUUAAUCGCUGGCGUGGCUUUUGCCACCACCGCUUCCGUCCCCGGAGGUACUCUCGACACAAGUGGCAAACCCAUCUUCGAAAAACAACUGGCAUUCCAGGUCUUUUCCAUCUCAUCGCUCAUCGCGCUCUGUUUCGCAUUCACUGCAUUGGUUAUGUUCUUGGCCAUCAUCACGUCCCGAUUUCAGGAAAAAGAUUUCACUAGGAGCCUUCCUUUGAAGCUUUUACUGGGCUUAUCGUCGCUUUUUGUUUCCAUUGGGGCCACGUUGGUUUGUUUUUGCACAGGCCAUUUUUUCAUGAUUGGAGACAGACUCAAAAAUGCUGCAUAUCCUGUCUACGCUUUGACAUGCUUUCCGGCUUCUAUUUUUGCUGCGUUCCAGUUUCCACUCUACAUUGAUCUUUUGCGGGGUCUUUUCUGGAAUCCCUUUAAUCAUCGUCAUCGGUGGUUUUUCUGAAGACUCCGUGUUUUUUCACAUGGAUCAUAAAUAAUCCAGAGUCCUUUGGCCCCAAAAAACUGCUGACAUCCAAAAUAUUCCGAGCUCCAUCACUUAGUAGAGUAUUUCCAUAUAUAUAUAUAUAUAUAUAUAAAUAAUGCAGUGCCAAUUGAACACGUCGAAGU